ACCAAUCAGAGCGCUCUGAGCUUUCAGCCCAGCCAAUAGGAGAGCAGGAAGGGUUCACCGUGUCGGUGGGUGUGAUCCUGAGGAGGAAGUGUCACCGAACAAUACAACAAAGUUUUUUGCUGAAACUCUGAAGUGUGUGUCUCUCUCUGCAUUCAGAGGAUGGCAGACAGGACUGUGGAUGGUGGGACAUGGACAGGAUGUGCAGUAAUGUUCCUGCAGUCGCUCUGUCCUGGUGUGAACCUGCUCUCUCUCUUCAAAGACCGGGAUCAAGGAAAGUUCAUCGUCUUUAAAGUCAUCAAGCUGACACUUAUAGAUUCUGCAGGAGGACUGGGUGGUUAUGAGAUACUUAAAGUCCAUGAUGCUGAUCCCUUCCUGGGGGUGGAGGUGAAGUUUGUGGAUGAGGGGGCAUGUCAGCAGUUCCUCGAGAGCUACAGCUCCGGAGCAGUGCGUCAGUCUCUCUCUCAGCACGCCUGCCGGCUUCUCGCUCUUUCUCAAGAGUUAACGGUGGAAACUCAGCUGAAGGCCAGCACGUAUAUCCUGGAUCUGUAUCUGGACAAGCUGGAGCUUUGCCUAAAGCACAUCCACCUGUCACAGCCGGAGCGUCUGCGUGACGAAGAGAUCGAUCACCUGGAGCAGCAGCUGCAGAGUCAGGCCCUUGGUCCUGCUCCUCAGUCCACCCCCAUCACACAGGAAGAGUCUCCUGUCCCCAGCAACUGCUUUAAGUUUCAGAACAGAGUGUUUGAGGACCGCAUGCUGACAGCGGCAGAUGUUCAGAGCUUCUCUAACGGAGUGGGCCGACAGUGGAAAUACGUAGGGAGGGCCUUGGGGAAGAGCUGUCGGGCUCUGAAGGGUCCGGCCAUAGACAACCUGGCCUACGAGUACGAGAGAGAAGGGCUGUAUGAGCAAGCCUAUCAGCUGCUCAACCGCUUCAUCGAGGCGGAGGGGAGAGCGGCCAAACUGAGCCGGCUGGUCAAAGCACUGGAGGACUGCAAACUCACCAACCUGGCUGAGAAUAUUUUGGACAUUUAGCCGUGAUAGUGACUCUGUGUGCUUUCGAUCUGUGGGAAUGAGUGGUGAAAACUGAGGGGGACAGUUUCUCUCUGCUCUCUGCAGGUCUCUGUGUCCUGCCUGCUUUUACUCGUAUGGGCAGCAUGUUUGUUCCUGAUAGAUGUCUGAUUCAAAUCAUUCCUGAAUGUGUGUGUGUGUGUUUUUAUAGGUGUGUGUUUGUGUGUGUAAGCAUUGCUGUGACAGAGAAUUGAUUUAUAUCUUGAUUGGCUUUUCAGUUAUUGGUGUUGUUGUUUAAAUUUAGAUGAAAUGAUCUGUCAUCACUGUCAUGAAAAAUGCUGUCUUGAGUUUAAUGCACUGUUUCACUGUUUUUAUCAUGUACCUCUUUUUAAUUCUGCUUUUGAAGUCCAUUUAUGGAGCCUGUUGGGUCUUGUUGCUAAUGAGUACACAACUGAAGGUUAUUGAUUUUUUUUCUACAAAAUGGGUUUAUACAAAUUAAAUGGUUUGAAAAAAGUCUU